GUUCUACUUUCUGUUCUCUCAAAGCUGAAGUAGGCUGUGCUUUGCAAAACAGAGAGAGACAAGCACAGUCUCAGAACCGGCGGCGGCUCUGGAUUCCAGCCUCCUGGGGCUCCACGCCAGACUGAGGAUGCGAGUCACACUCGCUAUAACAGCCUGGACGGUUUCUGUAAUCUCCAGUUACUCAUAUCCAGCAAAUGACUUACCAGAUAUCGACAACGAAACAUUUAUCAAAGACUGUGUUCGAAUUCAUAACAAAUUCCGAUCAGAGGUGAAGCCAAGAGCCAGUGAUAUGCUAUACAUGACUUGGGACUCAGUACUAGCCCAGGUUGCAAAAGCAUGGGCAAGAAAUUGUCAAUUUGCACAUAAUAUACAGCUGCAGCAACCCCACAAGCUGCACCCAAAUUUCACUUCACUGGGAGAAAACAUCUGGACUGGGUCUCUCUCCAUCUUUUCUGUGUCUUCGGCCAUCACAAGCUGGUACAAUGAAAUUCAAUCCUAUGACUUCGAGACUCGGAAAUGCGAUAAGGUCUGUGGCCAUUACACUCAGGUUGUUUGGGCAGAUAGUUACAAAGUCGGCUGUGCAGUACACUUUUGUCCUCGCGUUUCUGGUGUUGGCUUUUCUAACGCAGCACAUUUUAUAUGCAACUAUGGACCAGCAGGAAAUUACCCAACUUGGCCAUAUAAAAAAGGAUCCACUUGCAGUGCUUGCCCCCAAAACGACAUGUGUUUGGACAAUCUCUGUGCUAACCCACAGCGAGACAAAGUCACACGUUACUACUCCAUUGUGUAUCCAGACUGGCCACUGUCUCCACGGAAUAGACACCUAUCUAUCUUUCUCAUUGUUAGUCCACCGAUACUAAUACUGAGUGCUAUUAUUUGGUCAAGAACAAAUGGCCUCAUUUAGUUCUUUUGGACUAAUACAAUACAGAAAAAAA